AUGUUUCGUCCAUGCGCGUAACGAACCCACAGCGCUCAGUCAGGAUACACUUUUUCCUCCUCCACAGUCUCGCCUGUAUAGCCGUUGUUUAUCGUCAGUAAAUAUGUCAACCACGACCGGCGGCGGAGAGUUUGGCAACCCCCUACGAAAGUUCAAGCUUGUCUUCUUGGGCGAGCAGAGCGUUGGGAAGACCUCGCUCAUCACCAGGUUUAUGUAUGACAGUUUUGACAACACUUAUCAGGCAACAAUUGGCAUCGACUUCUUGUCGAAAACCAUGUACCUAGAGGAUCGCACUAUUCGGCUGCAGCUUUGGGAUACAGCCGGACAGGAACGUUUCCGCAGCCUCAUCCCGAGUUACAUCCGCGAUUCAGCUGCUGCUGUGGUGGUUUAUGAUAUAGCCAAUCUCAAUUCGUUCCAGCAAACCUCAAAGUGGAUUGAUGAUGUCAGAACAGAGAGAGGAAGUGAUGUCAUCAUCAUGCUUGUCGGAAACAAAACUGACUUGGCCGAUAAAAGGCAGGUUUCUGUAGAGGCUGCAGAGAGGAAAGCUCGUGAACUGAAUGUGAUGUACAUAGAGACGAGUGCCAAGGCUGGCUAUAACGUCAAACAGUUGUUCCGUCGUGUGGCUGCUGCCCUGCCUGGAAUGGAUAGCACUCCAGAGAAAAGCAAAGAAGACAUGAUCGACAUCAAACUGGAAAAGCAGCCCGAGAUGAGCGUCACCGAGACCAGCUGCUCCUGCUAAUAACCCCCCCCCUCCCCCCCCCCCCCCCCCCCCACACACACACAUUCUCACCAACAGCUUGUUUCUCGGUGGCCUCUUACUCCACCCAUGGCACAGUGCCAUGGCGGCGGGUGCCUCCCCCUCCCCCCCCCCCCCCACCCUUUCGACUCAGUGACUUUUCCGAGUAACCUUGUGGAUGUGCUAUUCUGUAUCACAGAUUACAGAUUAUCUGGGACAAAACGAAGAAAAGAAAAAAAAAAAGGUAGAAGAACAUAAUAAUGUGCAUUAAACAAGAAAUAGGUUAAUAAUGGUCAGAUUCUCUCUUAUUGUUUAACUGCAUGGUAUUCUAUAGGGUUGCAGAUUGACAUAGAUCAUGGUUCUUAAGUUAUUGCACCAUUCGGAGCUUGAUUGCUGCCACUCCAGUCAUUGUUGUAAAGUAAUAUUGCUUGGGGAUACUCAUUGUUUGCUGCAAGGUUGAGAUCCUGGGAUUGAUAUUAUAGGUUGCUCUUUUUGCUUUAAUGGUCAUUUAGGACUGUGAGAACUUCUCCUAAAUAUGAGAGAUCCGGUAUUUAUUGAUUGCUGGACAUUUCAAAUUAUUCUGAGCCAAUUGAAGUAACUUGUUGCAAAAGGUUUGAUUACUACUUUAUUGUUAUUUAAACUACUCCUUUACCCAGAGUGACCAUUAGGACCAGACUUUUAAGAAACUAGUAGAAAUGAACCUCAAGGGAAUUGAUACACUCAGUUUUGCGUAGGAGUGACAUUAUUUCUAGAUGAUUUCGAGAGGGUCGCCACCAGAGGGCGCUACAAUAGCGAGAUUGCACUGAUGUGAGAAAUGGAUGGUGUUUCUUUUGCUUUUCAAAGGGAAUCCAUCCCUAACUCCAUUAUCUGUAGUACUAACCUAAAAAGGACGUUUGACCAGUUUGACCAUAUCCACUAGCGACAGUGUUGGAUUGACCAUAUACGCAUACCACCACUUGAUGAUCGCACAGGCAUUCUUUAGUCGGCCGAAGAAACAUUGUUUGAAAGCCAGUGUUUAGUCACCAUAGUAAUUAUCCCUGCCCUCCAUGAUAUUUACGCUAGUGUUGUGCUGAUCACACUUAUGGCAGUAACAUGCCGCAUGCUCUCACGUGCAGGAAUUCAAUGGUUAAGAACACAGAUGCCUUCCUUGUUCACUGACGGUGUGCACUGAAACAAGCCACAUUUCUUGUUAAAUAAAUACAUGUGCGAAUUCUGCAGACUGACUAAUGGCUUCACUAGUUGUUUUGUAGAGCUGGGAUAUGAGUCUCUCCUCGGAUACCCAGCUAAACGCGUACUAACACCCUCGCUUUGAAUAGAGAAAAGUGCAGAGAAGUCGUAAUUGCAGCCUUUUUGCUAACGCCUUUUGUGCGACUGUUGGUUUUCCGUGUUUAUUUAUUCUGUAACUCAAAACAACUGAAUAACGGUGUACGCUUGACCAAAAUGACAUACUAACACGCAUGUUGAAGGUUUUUUAUUUUGUGUGCGUGUGUGUAUGCCUGUUUGGACACUACUAAAAGACAACUUGUAGGUCUGGCUGUGUGUGUGUGUGUGUGUGUGUGGUUUUCCCUGAAUUUCACACGGCUUGGAAGUCUUUUUGCGGUGUGAUAAGUCAAGACGGCGGUUUACAGUCAGACGACACACAUGCACCCCUGUUUCUAGACACAGUAUCACAAUACUUAUUAGCCAUAUCGCUUUUAAAACACAGUUGUGCAUUUUGUUGUAGGUUGUUUUAAAACUGUAAACAUUUAAAGGUUUAAAACAAUUGUAAAGUAUUUAACUACAUCGAACAACAGUCCUAAUCCUAGCAGAUUCUCUAUUGUCACUGAUUGCUCUGUGCUAUUCUGACUUGUGUCUGUCCAUAUAAAAAUAUGCUGUCUACUCGUGUUUAGCAACGUUUGUGUGAAUAAUGUACUAUGACUAUCUGCUGUAUAAAAAGGAGAGGCAAAUAAAAAACACCCAAGUGUAGGUCUGUGGUAUAAAAUAAAGAUCUUUCACCAAGGUUUAUGUCUACUGCUUUUCAAUGUGUGAGAAAUUGAGCUAGACGAAGGUCCCUUGUAUUGAUUAUGUAGGCCUACAUUAAUUUGUACAAGCAAGAAAUCCAACAUGUUGUUCACAGGGUAAUAAGAUGUAUAAAAGGUUUCUAUUAAUGUUUCAUUUAUAUGCUUUGCGGUGAUAAAUAUUGCUGCUGACACGUGAUACUGAGUCCAAGGCCGAUAUCUGAAAAUUGGGGAUCGCAAUAGGCCUAGUCAACUUUCAUUGUAGCAAACUGUUCACAGUAGAAAAAUAGUUAUUGUCCAAUCUUAAUACAUCUGGGGCUACAUUGUAUUCA